GUUUUUACGUAACUGUAACAUCAGGCCACGAUGGUCAGCUGUUGACAACAUGCAAACAUUAGAACUGUCAUGCGAUCGCUUGUGUUUUUCAGUAAAGGUCUGUUAAUCAAGAUAAGCUCAUAUUGUUUUUAUAGUGUGGGUACAAAACCAUCGACUUUAUUAAGAGCGGUCUUCAAAUCAAAUCACGCUUUUGGUUUGAGAAGUGUACAUUCGGUGAGUGUAAAAACGAUGUCUGGAGAUGAUGUGUUGAGUGGGUUGGACGAGACUCAGAUAAAACUCAUGCAAGAAGAAUGUAUUCUCGUUGAUGAACAAGAUAAAAACAUUGGGUCGGCUUCAAAGAAGGCUUGUCAUCUACUAGAGAAUAUUAACAAAGGCAUGCUACAUAGAGCUUUCAGUGUGUUUCUUUUCAACACAAAAGGUGAACUUCUGCUGCAGCAGAGAUCAGAUGCCAAGAUAACUUUUCCAGGUCAUUUCACAAAUACCUGCUGUAGCCAUCCUUUGAACUUCCCAGCCGAGUUGGAUGAAAGCAGUGCAAUGGGUGUCAAGAGAGCUGUCCAAAGAAAACUAAACCAUGAACUGGGCAUUAGACCAGAGCAGGUUCCACUAGAUAAAAUCCACUACCUGACGAGGAUCCUGUACAAGGCGGACAACGUGCCACAUGACGGCAAGUGGGGUGAGCACGAGAUCGACUACAUCUGCUUCUUCCAGGGAGACGUGGAUGUUCAGCCUAAUGAAAAUGAAGUUAAAAGCUACAGAUAUGUUGAUAAGAAAACUUUGAAUGAUUUAGUUGAAUCAUCCAAGACGAAUGGGAUCUUGUUGACUCCCUGGUUUAAACUGAUUGUCAAAACUUUCUUGUUCAAAUGGUGGGAUCACUUGGAUGACGUAAAAUCAGUGGAAGACCAAGCUACGAUACACAACAUGUUAUAGCGAAAUUUGAAGUCAUAACUUUAACAAAAUAUUAUUCAUAAAAUGGCAUCUUGAUGAACUUUUAUUUUAACUUUGAGACAUUUAGGAACAAGAUGAUUAUCAUUUCAUUAUUGAAGUUGUCAUGUUGCAAUUUAAUUUAUAUUUAAUUUUACUUUAGCAAAACAAUACAAAAAGUUUGUUUAAUGACACCACAAGAGCAUAUUGAUUUGAAAACAAUACAAGUACAGUAUUAAUGAAUUUACAUACACCUGGAAAUAAAUAAGCACUAGUUUUGAUCAUAUGUUUUAUUCUUCACAAGUAAUUUUGACCUUUGGUGGAUACAAAAAAAACUGAAAUUAAUGUUCUGUGUAUUCAGGGGAUAUUGAAAAAGAUUGACAGCAAGUGACAUUGUCAUUAUAUCAACAUUUAAUGUAUUCUAGUGAAAAAGAUAGAAUCCAUAAAUAAAUAUUCAUGAAAAUUUAUGGUAAUUAACUAUAGAAUUACACCGACGUGCUCAAUAAAUGCCCAAUAGAUACAGAAUUUGUAAAAACUUUCAAUGUCACUUUUUAACCACAUCGAGACAGACAACUAUUUUUAGGCACACUUUUGGUCAUAAUACAAUUCAGGUGGUGCUUAAUUCAUUUAAUUUCCAGAGGUAUAUAUUUCUGCUUUCUGAAAUUGUAAUUAAAACUUUCAUUCACAGUAUAUUUAAAGAGUAAAAAAAAAAAGGAGUAUGUGUCUCAGUAUAGCUUAGUAGAUUAAGAAUCGGAUGAAACAAAUAGGCUUUUCAAACUUUGAAUCAAUUUCCUGAACUUAUGGGACUUGCCCCUAGUCCCACAAAUUAGCCUGAAUGUUCCAGUAGUCUACCAAUGAGACUACUAGGUGAGUACCAUGCGUUCAGAGGUCAGGUUAGGUGUUAAUGAGAAGAGAAAAGGUCUUUAUAGAGCGGACGGUGGAUUUCAAGUUUCUUAAAGUAUUUAUGAUUCUCUGCAGCUCCUUUUCGUACAUGGUACAUGGUUAUGUUUGUAAAAUGGAUUUUACAUUAAAAAACGAAUAACUAUAGUCUCCUAUCGUACACAAAUUAUUUUCUGUAAAUAAUCUCAAUUUUGUUUGUCAUAAAAAAUAACCAAAAAAUACUAUUUUUGUGUGCAAGUUACAAAACAAUCGGCUCAGAAAUAACUUGUAGUAAAUUCCAUAGUAUAAAAAAAGAUGUUCCCUGUGGGACGGACUAAAGCUUUAACAAUAUGAAAAAUAUCUGCAGAAUCCUCUGUUCAGUUCAUCUUCCAUAGAAAUCUAUCGAACAGAACUUGUUAAGUAUGGAUAUAACUUAUAAUGUUGUAACACAUUAUUUCAAACUAAGCUGAUGUAGUAGUUUAGGAUUCAAAUCAUACACUACGUGCAUGUGAGAAUUUAGUUUGUGUUUCAUGCCUUUACUCUGUAACCAUGGUAUUUAACAAUGACAAUGUAGUUGUUAUUUAAAUGUAUUGAUCUUAUUUUUCAAAUACAUUUUGUUAUCUUUGUUAAAUUAUAAUUGUCCUUCUGGUG